AUGGGGAAGGAGCAGGAGCUGCUGGAGGCGGCCCGCACCGGACACCUCCCGGCCGUGGAGAAGCUGCUGUCCGGGAAGCGGCUCUCCUCAGGCUUCGGGGGCGGCGGCGGCGGCGGCGGCUCUGGAGGCGGUAGCGGCGGCGGCGGCGGCUCUGGAGGCGGCGGCGGCGGUCUUGGCUCCUCGAGCCAUGCCCUGUCCAGUCUGCUCAGCAUUUGGAGAGGGCCUAAUGUGAACUGUGUUGACAGCACUGGGUAUACACCGCUGCACCAUGCUGCUUUGAAUGGCCAUAAGGAUGUGGUCGAGGUUCUUCUGAGGAACGACGCGCUGACCAACGUGGCUGACUCUAAAGGCUGUUAUCCGCUGCACUUGGCAGCCUGGAAAGGAGACGCCCAGAUAGUGCGGUUGCUCAUCCAUCAAGGGCCGUCACACACCAAAGUCAAUGAACAGAAUGCUCUUGAGAUCAAAGAACUCAAAAAGUACGGCCCCUUUGACCCUUAUAUCAAUGCCAAGAACAAUGACAACGAGACGGCCCUGCACUGCGCAGCGCAGUACGGCCACACGGAGGUGGUGAAGGUCCUCUUAGAGGAGCUGACUGACCCCACCAUGCGCAACAACAAGUUCGAGACGCCUCUGGACCUGGCCGCACUCUACGGGAGGCUGGAGGUGGUGAAGAUGCUCCUUAAUGCACACCCCAACCUCCUGAGCUGCAACACUAAGAAGCACACCCCUCUACACCUGGCGGCGAGGAAUGGCCACAAGGCCGUGGUGCAGGUCCUCCUGGACGCCGGCAUGGACAGCAGCUACCAGACGGAGAAGGGCAGUGCUUUGCAUGAGGCUGCUUUGUUUGGCAAGACCGAUGUGGUGCAAAUCCUGCUGGCUGCAGGAAUUGAUGUCAACAUAAAGGAUAACCGUGGACUGACCGCACUGGACACCGUCCGGGAGCUGCCGUCUCAGAAGAGCCAGCAGAUAGCGGCACUUAUUGAAGAUCACAUGACUGGAAAAAGAAGUGCAAAAGAGGUAGACAAAACCCUUACACCCCAGCCACCUCUCAUCUCCAACCUGGACUCGAUAUCCCAGAAGUCUCAGGGUGACCUGGAGAAAGCAGUGACUGAACUGAUCAUCGAUUUUAACACCAGCACGGAAGAGGAGGGUCCCUAUGAGGCGCUGUACAACGCUGUCUCCUGCCAGUCCCUGGACAGCACGGCCAGCGGACGCUCGUCCGACCGGGACUCUGUGAGCAGGGAGGCUGAGGCGGCCGGAGGGAAAGCUGCUGGAGUGAGGCCUAGGGAACGUCCUCCACCUCCAGCAAAACCACCACCUGAUGAAGAGGAAGAAGACCACAUAGAUAAGAAGUAUUUUCCCUUGACAGCUUCUGAGGUCUUGGCCAUGAGACCCUGGAUUCAGGGGAGUGCAGCCAAGGAGGAGGAGGAACACCCUUAUGAGCUGCUGCUGACGGCAGAGACGAAGAAGCUGGUGUCUGUGGGUGGAAAGACAACAGACCACAGGCGGAGCAGCGGCGGCCGGAGCCAGGACUCUGCGGAGGGGCAGGACGGGCAGGUCCCGGAGCAGUUCUCAGGUCUCCUCCACGGCUCCUCCCCAGUGUGUGAGGCGGGGCAGGACCCUCUCCAGCUGCUCCCUGCCCCUGGCCAGAACCAUCGAGAAGGGUCCCCUGCGCAGGGCGCCUGCCCCGAGGAGAUGCAGCUGGAACAGACAGGCAGGCGUGUGUCUGGAGCCUCCCCACCCCGCGUGCUGGACCAGAGUAGGAGAGUGGGCCACCCGGCAAGCCUGCCCCACGCCCACAGCCAGACGCACCCCAAAACUUCGACACGCACGGCCUCUCCACGCCCUGGGGGCGCCGAGGAGGAAGGUGACCCGAGCGGGGCCAGGAGCCGAGCCCCUCCCACCAGCAGACCCAAGGCUGAGCUCAAACUCAGCCGCAGCUUGUCCAAGUCUGACUCUGAUCUCCUGACCUGCUCCCCCACGGAAGACGCUACAAUGGGAAGCCGGAGUGAGUCCCUGUCCAACUGCAGCAUCGGGAAGAAGAGGCUGGAGAAGUCGCCCUCCUUUGCCUCCGAGUGGGACGAGAUUGAGAAGAUCAUGAGCUCUAUUGGAGAAGGGAUCGACUUUUCUCAGGAACAGCAGAGGAUCUCAGGUGCGCGGCCGCUGGAACAGAGCGUCGGGGAGUGGCUGGAGGCCGUGGGGCUGCAGCAGUAUGAGAGCAGGCUGCUUCUCAACGGCUUUGACGAUGUCCGCUUCCUGGGGCCUAACGUGAUGGAAGAUCAGGACCUGAGGGAAAUCGGCAUCAGUGAUGCACAGCACAGGCGGAAGCUGCUCCAGGCCGCCCGGUCCCUGCCCAAGGUGAAGGCGCUGGGCUGCGACGGGAACAGCCCCCCGUCUGUGCCCUCCUGGCUGGACUCGCUGGGGCUCCAGGACUAUGUCCAUUCCUUCCUGUCGAGUGGCUACAGCUCCAUGGACACGGUGAAGAACCUCUGGGAGCUGGAGCUCGUCAACGUCCUGAAGGUGCAUCUGCUCGGCCAUCGCAAGCGCAUCAUCGCCUCCCUGGCGGACAGACCCUAUGAGGAGCCGCCCCAGAAGCCCCCACGGUUCUCCCAGCUGAGAUGCCAGGACCUGUUCUCGCAGACGUCGUCCCCGCUGAGCCAGAACGACUCCUGCGCCGGGCGGUCGGCUGACCUGCUGCUGCCUCCUGGGGACGCGGGCAGGAGGCCGCACGACAGCCUGCACGAGCCCGCGGCGCCCUCUCGGGCGGAGCGCUUCAGAACCCAGGAGGAGCACCGAGAGGCCAAGCUGACCCUCCGGCCCCCCAGCCUGGCUGCCCCCUACGCCCCUGUGCAGAGCUGGCAACACCAGCCAGAGAAACUCAUCUUCGAGUCCUGCGGUUACGAAGCCAAUUAUCUGGGCUCCAUGUUGAUCAGAGAUCUGCGAGGGACAGAAUCCACACAGGAUGCCUGUGCCAAGAUGCGGAAAUCCACGGAGCACAUGAAGAAGAUCCCCACCAUCAUCCUGUCCAUCACGUACAAAGGGGUCAAGUUCAUCGACGCCUCCAACAAGAACAUCAUCGCGGAGCACGAGAUCCGGAACAUUUCCUGUGCGGCCCAGGACCCGGAGGACCUGUGUACCUUUGCCUACAUCACUAAGGACCUGCAGACCAGCCAUCACUACUGCCACGUCUUCAGCACGGUGGACGUGAACCUGACCUACGAGAUCAUCCUGACGCUGGGCCAGGCGUUUGAGGUGGCCUACCAGCUGGCCCUGCAGGCCCAGAAGGCCAGGGCGAUGGGGGCCUCUGCCACUGAGGUGAUCGAGACCAGAUCUUCCAAGCCGGUGCCGAAGCCCCGGGUGGGCGUGAGGAAGUCCGCGCUGGAGCCACCCGACACGGACGCUGACUCCCAGUCCCACGCCAGCGUCUCCUGGGUCGUGGACCCCAAGCCGGACUCCAAGCGGAGCCUCAGCACCAAGUACGAGACCACUAUCUUCUAA